AUGUCAUUCUUCAAGCGCAAGAAGGAGAACCUCAUCCCGCCUGUACAGGCCGACCCCAAAAAGCCUGACCCGUACGCCAAUAGCGGGGCCUCCCAAAACUACAGCGGCGGAGGAGACCCUUACGCCUCGUCACAGUCCCGAGGCGGAGGCGGUGGUGAUCCGUACGCGAAUCGCGGCGCUCCCGACCCUUAUGCCACCUCGGGUGGCGGUGGCGGAGGUGGCAACCCGUAUGCUCGGGAUGCGCCCAAUCCGGCCGACGCGGCGCGGAACGAGCUCUUUGCUGGCUAUACCUCCCCGGCCAAGCCCAAGCCGGAGAGGCAGUAUGGGUACGAGGGGAGGGAGCAGGAGCAGGACUUUGAUGAAGAUGAAGAGAUUGAGGGGAUCAAGCAGGAGAUGAGGGGUAUCAAGCAGGACAGUUUGGCCAGUACCCGAAACGCGUUGAGGCUGGCUCGAGAGGCGGAGGAGACCGCGAGGGGAACCGUCGCCAAGUUGGCCGAUCAGUCCGAACGCAUUGCCAACUCGGAGCGCUACCUCGACAUGGCCAAAGCCAACAACCUGCGUGCCGAGGACAAGGCGGCCGAGCUCAAACAGCUCAACAAGAGUAUCUUCCGCCCCGUCGUGGUCUGGAACAAGGAGGGCAAACGCCAAGCGCAAGAAAACAAGAUCAACGAGCGGCACCUCAACGAGCGUGCCGACCGCAACAAGGCCAUCGGCGACAUUUCCGAUACGCGGCAGCGACUCGGUGCGGCCACUGGACCCGACUACGGCGGCUCUACCGCGCGCGUCCCCCUCCCCGGAGAGUCGCAGGCGCGCAAGGACGCUCGGGCCAAGUACCAGGUCGAAGCGACCGCGUCGGACGACGAGCUCGAGGAUGAGCUCGACGAGAACCUGGAUGAGACGUACGAGGUGACCAAGCGGCUUAAGAAGCUCGCGACGGCCAUGGGGGACGAGGUGACGGGUCAGAACCAACGUCUGGGGCGGGUCACGGGCAAGACGGAGGAUCUCGAGUUUGCGGUGGGGCAGAACACCGAGAGGCUCAAGAGGAUCAAGUAG